AUGAAUUUAUUAUUUAAUCCACAAUUAUUUCAUCAACAUUUAGCUCGUAUGGGCGGUAUGGGUGGAGUAGGAACAUUUCGUGCUCUAUAUAAUUGUUAUUCAGCUAUAUUUUUAACGGACCGUGAACGUCCAAAUGUCGAAAAUGGUGGCAAAAUAUUAUUACCACAAGUGGCAUUGGAACAAUUAGCUGAACAUGUAACGAAUGUUAUGUUAUUUAAAUUAAAAAAUAAACGUCUUGAUCGUAUAACACAUGUGGGUGUAUUUGAAUUUCUUCCCAAUGAUGAAAACAGUUGUUACGUACCAAGUUGGAUAAUGAGACAUUUACUAUUGGAAGAGGGUGAAGAAGUUGAAUGUGAAUAUGUUACAUUACCAACGGCUAGUUUUGUACGAUUUCAACCACAAUCAAAAGAUUUUCUUGAUAUAUCCAAUCCAAAAGCGGUAUUAGAAACGGCAUUAAGAAAUUUUAGUUGUUUAACCAAAGGUGAUAUGUUAGCAAUUAAUUAUCUUGAUCGUAAUUAUGAAUUAUGUGUACUUGAAUUAAAACCAGCUGAUGCUGUUACUAUAAUUGAAUGUGACAUGGAGGUUGAUUUUGCCCCACCCAUUGAUUAUGUUGAGCCUAAAUAUGAUACAACGGCCUCAUCAUCGUCAUCAAUACCAAAAAGUUAUGAUACAUCUAUUCAGGGUGGUACAAAUAUGGAACAACAAUAUCCAAAUAGUUUAAAAUCAACGACAUUUAUGCCAUUUCACGGACGUGGUAAUCGUUUAGACGGAAAAACAAAAACAAAAGAAGGACAUGAGUUGACUGAACAACAAACAAAAUUACAAGCAGCACAAAUGAUGAAUCAACAACGUGCUAUUCCAAAUUAUGAUUAUGAAUAUGGUACAUUACAAUUUAUGCAUAAUCGAUUGAAAAAAAAUAAAGACGAUGAUAAAGAUAGUCAACAACAGCAAAAUUCAUCAACAAAUCAAGUAUUUACACCGUUUUCUGGUGAAGGAAAUAUAUUAAAGCAGCCAAAACAACAAAGAAAACCUUAA